CUUAUCAGUUCACAACCGCUUUAAAAUUUUAAUUUUCCAAUUUCAAACCAUAUUCAUUCACCUUCAGCUUCAAUUUAAAAAGGAAAGUUCCUUAAAAGAUGAAUGUACAAUGAAUAAAGGAAAAAUGUAAAGUGAUAGCUUCGCGACAAACAAAACCGGUUUGAAAAUUCUCCAAUCGACAUCUAAUUGAUGCAUCGGUUUCGCUUGUGUCAAACCACGUGCGUAUUGAAACCUGUGCAAAUUCAGUGAUAUCUAUCUUAUGAAGUAAACGCAAAUCGAUAAAAUUGCGUAUUAGGAUAUCGAGAUUUCGUGCCAAGUGAAAAUGAGAGCUUACCGUUUCCUUUGCGGAUGUAAAAAUCACGCGAAUAUUUUCUCCAGAAGUUUAUACGUCUCGAGUAUCCACAAUAAAAUCUUUCGAUACCCCAAAAUAGUGGGGCAUGUAGCGCUAAAAGAUCCGAGACAAGAAGACGAAUCCCUCCAGGACAAACUGUUCAACUCGUUGAGGGGUAAAAUCGUGUAUAAUUCAUUAGUAACUCGCAAAAAUCUGAAAAUACGCUGGAAAAUCCGAGCAGAAGAAUUGGCCCGAAAUAAUGAAAAACAAAAACCGCACGUUGCUCCAGUAUCGUUGAAAUAUAUGUUCGAAGAUUGUGAUUUGGAGAAAAGUUCCGAUGAGAAAAUCGCAGACAUUGACAGUGAUGACGAAAUUAUCGUAGAAAACGACGAAGAAUUUGGGGAUAGUUUCAAUUUACCCUAUAGUAAGGCUUGUGAAGUUGACGUUGAAUCAGAUUACGAUGAAAAUGAAGAACUUAUGCUUAAAAAAGAAAUGAUGUUCGCUUACCAAGAUCUGGCCCCUAAACCGAUCCAAGGUCGUAAGUGGAUGAGUGAUUAUGAAUGUUUCGAUGAAGAAAUCGACGAGAACGCCUCAUUCAGUGCUACAGAUGUCGAUUACGGUACUCCUGAUCCAACCAUUCCUGCUAGUAAUAUCCCUUGUGGCGGAUGUGGUGCACAUUUACAUUGCAAAGAUCCUUCUAUUCCUGGAUAUUUACCUAAAGAAUUAUUCACAAAAUGCAAAAAGAAAGAUCUCAUGAAUCUGAUAUGUCAAAGAUGCACGUUUUUGAAAAAUUACAACACCGCUUUAGCAGUUAACGUUGAUCCUGAAAGUUAUCCGAAAUUAUUAUCUAAAAUAAAACGUGAAAAUGCGCUCGUCGUAUUAAUGGUUGAUAUGACUGAUUUCCCCUGCAGUAUUUGGCCUGAUUUGACCUCAGUUAUAGGUGAAAAUACACCAAUCAUCGUGGUCGGUAACAAGAUCGAUUUACUUCCCGGUGAUAGCGCAGGAUGGCUAGAAAAUGCAAAAAGAAGUCUAAAGAGUCAUUUACCUCCGGAUGCGAAAAUUCUGCACAUUGGUUUCACUAGUGCCAAAAAUGGAUACGGAAUCGAAGAGUUGAUAAAUAAAUUAUAUAAAAUAUGGGGUUCAAAAGGAGACGUUUAUAUUGUUGGCUGUACGAAUGUUGGAAAAUCAUCGUUAUUUAAUGCUUUGAUUGGGUCUGAUUAUUGCCGAUCGAAAGCUUCGGAUUUAAUUCAAAGAGCUGUCACAUCUCCUUGGCCUGGUACUACUCUGAAUUUAUUAAAGUUCCCUAUAAUGAAACUGUUGGGGUAUAAAGGAUUCCUUAGAACAUCGAGGUUGAUGAAGAGACAGCAGCAACGAGUAGCUGAGAUUAAAAUAGCUCGAAUUCAAGCUAGAAUGGAGAAUUUGAAGCUUAGUCGAUUGCCCAAUAUUAUGGGAACUGUGGAACGAACUUUCAAACAACCCCCGGAUGAAUUUACAACACAUAAUUUAAAAGAUAGUGAAAUGUUCGUCAUGCCUCCUGUUAACGUAAAGCAAUUGAAGAAGGACAAUAAAAAUGUUUUCAAUCCUAAUGAUUCAGCGUUCAAACUAUCUCAUUGGUGUUACGAUACUCCUGGCGUUGUACACGAAGAUCACAUCAUCGAUCUAUUGACUACUGACGAGAUUAUUAAAACUCUACCUCAAACUACAAUCACUCCGCUAGUUUACUCAGUACGACCUGAACAAACUCUAUUGAUUGGCGGCCUUGCUAGAGUUGAUGUGCUGGAUUGCGAUCAUAGAUUUCCCAGAAUUAUAGUUUACGCGUCGCGAUUCCUACCGAUCACUCUUUGCGAAACGAAAUAUGCCGAAGACGUUUACAAUACUCUAUUAGGUACAUCGUACAUGGCAGUACCAAUAGGUUCAUUGGCUCGGUUAGAGAAAUGGCCAGAAUUGAAAUAUCUCCAAGAUUUCACCAUCGAAGGAAAAGGCAACGCUUUAGUUAGUUCUGAAAUCGUCUUGUCCACCGUCGGUUGGAUUGGCAUAUCGUUACCGGUGAAUAAAAAUACAACCAUUCGUCCAUGGACUCCGUUGGCCAGAGGCAUUCAUUUAAGAAAGGUUCCUGUACUACCACUUACUGCUCAACUGCGUAAAAAAAGAAUUGCUAAUACACCUACGUAUUACAUGGGAUCUAUUUAGCCUGCUUUAAAGCUCGGAUUUUGACCAAUGGCUGAAAAGAUCUACUUAGCUUACCAAGGAUUACUGGAAAAUAUGUUGAAUCGACUUCAAAUGGACUUACAAAUCAUCUAAAAUCAAAUUAUUGAAUUAUAUUAUUUUCAAUCAAUCCUACGUAAAUGUGAAAUUCCGAAAUGAAAUUUGGAUUCUUCAAGAGGAUCAUGAGAGAAGUGGUUGUUGCGUUUUUUUCCUGUUUGUCCAAGUCUUGGAGCAUUUUCUUAGAAGAAUCACCCUUCAUUCAAGUCCGAUCCCGUAUCGAGAGACGUAUACGACAUAAUUUUUACAAUUUCACUAGAGAUAGUUACAAAGUAACCGAUAUUUUAUCAAUAUUAAUGUCAAUAUAGAAUUUUUCUAUCGUU